AUGUCCAACCAAACCAACAUAACUGAGUUCCUUCUCCUGGGAUUCUCUGAUGUUCGGGAGCUGCAGAUUUUACACUUUGUGGCGUUUCUAGUGCUUUACCUGGCAGCCCUGACAGGGAAUCUUCUUAUCAUCACAGCCAUAGCUCUUGAUCACCACUUUCACACCCCCAUGUACUUCUUCCUGAUGAGUUUGUCCAUCCUAGACCUCGGUGCCAUCUCUGUCACCAUUCCCAAAUCCAUGGCCAAUUCCCAUAUGAACACCAGGUCCAUUUCCUAUUCUGGAUGUGUCACCCAAGUCUUUUUCCUCGUCUUCUUUGCUGAAGCUGAUUUCGCCUUACUCACCAUCAUGGCGUAUGAUCGAUACGUCGCCAUCUGCAAACCACUGCACUAUGAGACUAUAAUGAACAGGAAAGCUUGUUUCCAAAUGGCAGCCAGUGCCUCGAUCAGUGUAACUCUCUAUUCUUCAUUGCACACCGGGAACACGUUUUCAAUAACCUUCUGUGGAGGCAACAUGGUGGAUCAGUUCUUCUGUGAAAUCCCCCAGCUACUCAAGCUCGCCUGCUCUAACUCGUACCUCAGUGAAGUUUGGGUUAUUAUAUUUGGUACAUGUUUAAACCUAAGUUUCUUUGUUUUUAUAAUUGUGACUUAUGUUCAGAUCUUGAUCACAGUGUUGAGAAUCCCCUCUAAACAGGGCCGACAUAAAGCCUUCUCCACCUGCCUUCCUCACUUCAUUGUAAUUUCUAUGUUUCUUUCCACUGGUGUCUUUGCCUACAUGAAACCCAUCUCCAGCUCUCCGUCAGGUCUGGAUCUCAUGGUGGCUGUUCUCUAUUCUGUGCUGCCACCAGUGAUGAAUCCGAUCAUCUACAGCGUAAGGAACAAAGAAAUCAAAGCUUCCCUGAGGAAACUGACUGGGUGGAGGUUAUUCAACAAGAAUAAAAUGUCAGAAUUUCUCUGA